GAAGAAGAAGAAGAAGCAGAAGCAGAAGAAGAAGAAGAAGAAGAAGAAGAAGAAGAAGAAGAAGAAGAAGAAGAAGAAGAAGAAGAAGAAGAAGAAGAAGAAGAAGAAGAAGAAGAAGAAGAAGAAGAAGAAGAAGAAGAAGAAGAAGAAGAAGAAGAAGAAGAAGAAGAAGAAGAUUGUUUGUUGGAUAGCCACUUAUAACUACUAGCUGGUGGGAAACGCUCUGCGGGACAAGCUUGACACCAUUUUUUCUGGCCGUAGCACAUCUGGAUCCACGACAUGGGGAUAUUAUCAAAAUAUCAACAUAUAUUUUUAGACUAGGGACGACAAACGUAACCGAAGACAUCAGUUGUGGAUGGGAACCACACGUAAAGGAAUAGGCUGUCAAAUGGAAACCAGUGGUUUAAAUGUAAUGGACUAAAUAUAUCAGCUCUAAAUUGUCGAGGGUAUCGUCCACUCUUACAAAACACGAAACGCUUUCAAAUAAACAAAGAACGUGCAAAUGAUUCAGGUAACCACGCGUAAUAUAGGGACACCAGUCUAAAGGAAUGGAAACAUACACGCGUAAUGGGAAGAGCGGUCACAAGUAGCGCUUGUUAUCUAUGUAGUAUCCGCUGUGUUGCUGCAUAAAUGUAAAUGUAUUUAUUGAGUGAAGCUGCACGGAAGGUUAGCUCUCUCUUGCUCGAGGACGUAGCUGAUCGAGAUACGCUCGCACAGCGGAUGUGUUUUAGUCGAUCGCAAAGGUAAAAGUCUCUUUUUAGUCACGCAAUCGCUCGGGCACUUUGAUUUAUGAAAACAUACGGCGUGCCACGUUAUUCGGUGCUCAAGUUGUAUGAUCUCCCCAAGUCUGAGGGUCUCCCCCAAAGUCCAAACCUUGUAUUUUUAGACGAAGGACUCUCCAAGUAAACCGAAGUCACCCAUGGGCGGGUGAAAAUUCAAACUCGACCUAAUGGAGUUGAUGUUUGCUGAGUGGGAAGAUGGGGAGAGGUUUUCCUUCGAAGACUCUGACCGGUUUGAGGAGGACUCUCUGUGCUCCUUCAUUUCAGAGGCUGAGAGCCUCUGUCAGAACUGGAGAGGAUGGAGGAAGCAAUCUGCGGGACCCACAUCGCCGACCGUGAAGACUAAAGAUGGUCAGGUAAUUCCGCUGGUUGAGUUGUCAGCCAAACAAGUAGCCUUUCACAUCCCAUUUGAGGUAGUGGAGAAGGUUUUCCCCCCUGUGCCAGAACAACUCCAGCUUCGAAUUGCAUACUGGAGCUUUCCUGAAAAUGAGGAAGAUAUCAGGUUGUAUUCAUGCCUAGCAAAUGGAAGUCCAGAUGAGUUUCAACGUGGUGAGCAGUUGCACCGGAUCAGAGCAGUGAAAGACCCUCUGCAAAUUGGUUUCCAUCUCAGUGCUACAGUUGUGCCGAGUCAGUCUGGACAGUCUAAGGGCGCCUACAAUGUGGCAGUCAUGUUUGAUCGCUGCCGCAUCACCUCCUGCAGUUGUACCUGUGGUGCUGGUGCAAAAUGGUGUGCCCAUGUGGUGGCACUCUGUCUAUUCAGGAUCCACAAUGCCUCAUCUGUCUGUCUGAGGGCCCCAGUCUCAGAGUCUUUGUCCAGGCUGCAGAGGGAUCAGCUCCAAAAAUUUGCCCAAUAUCUCAUUAGUGAGCUGCCUCAACAGAUUCUACCCACAGCCCAACGACUACUUGAUGAGCUGUUAUCCUCUCAGUCUACUGCAAUCAACACUAUGUGUGGAGCUCCAGACCCCACUGCUGGACCUUCAGCCUCUGAUCAAAGCACCUGGUAUUUGGAUGAAUCGACCCUCAGUGACAACAUCAAAAAGACAUUGCAUAAGUUCUGUGGGCCUUCACCUGUCGUCUUCAGUGAUGUAAAUUCCAUGUAUCUGUCAUCCACUGAGCCACCAGCUGCUGCUGAAUGGGCCUGUCUGCUAAGACCUUUAAGAGGCCGAGAGCCUGAGGGCAUUUGGAACCUUCUAUCGAUUGUCAGGGAGAUGUUCAAGAGACGAGACAGCAAUGCGGCCCCACUCCUGGAGAUCCUCACUGAGCAGUGUCUGACAUAUGAACAGAUCAUCAGCUGGUGGUAUAGUGUUCGAACGUCCGCAUCCCACAGCAGUGCCAGUGGACACACUGGACGGAGCAACGGUCAAUCGGAGGUAGCAGCUCAUGCCUGUGCCAGCAUGUGUGAUGAAAUGGUGAUACUGUGGAAGCUAGCAGUGCUAGACCCAACUAUGAGCCCCUGCAGGCGUCUGGAACUGGCAAGUCACCUGAAGCACUGGCACCUUAAAGUUCUAGAGAUAGUGAAGCGUGGGCAACAUCGCAAGUCCCUGGACAAGCUUUUCCAGGGCUUUAAACCUGCUGUGGAGGCCUGUUAUUUCAACUGGCAGAUGGCCUACCCUCUGGAAGGCAUCACAUACUGCAGUGUUGAAAAGAAGACUGCCACCUUCUCCUGGCCGAGGGGAAUGCAGCAACAAAGAGCAGUACGAGCUUUUGCAGGAGGUAUGGGGGAAACUCCUGAACCAGGAGGAGCAGAUUGUAAAGCAACAGGAAGUGGUCAAUCAUUUCAGGAAGAAGUUGUAGUGAGGCCAAAGGAGACAAUGUUAACCAAAAAGAAGGCUUUUUCAGUGAAUGGAGGCGGAACUAUGUUGGUUCGUCUGGGAGGGGGUCUCUCACUGUCUCUAGAAGAUGGAGGAGGGAAGUGUUUCUACAAAGGGCCAGGUAGUGCCUCUGGUGGGAAGCUGAAACUGAUCAAGGGCUUUGGGAAGGGGGGGAUUUUAGGAGGAUGCAAAAAUAUCAAUUCCAAGCGGAGAGCCAGCAGUGAAGAUAGCUCUCUGGAGCCAGACCUUGCUGAACUCAGCCUAGAUGAUGGCUAUAAUCUGGCUUUGGGGGCUGAGGCAAGCAACACAUUUGAAUUUCUUCCCCCGGCACCAGAGAUGUUUCCCAUCCUGAGUCCACUGCUUCACGAGUCAUGCAGCAAUGCAUGCAGCAGUAGUAGGAGCAAGACAUUGGAUAAUAAACAAAUUAGCCAAGCCGUGGAUGGCUGUCAUGCUGUAGAGACUGUGCCACCCACCAUCGUUUUCAAAGAGACAGACAUGGUUGUGAUUGAUGCUUCAAGGAGAUUAGAGGGUCAGCUAGAACAGGAGGUGGACUCAGAAGAGAACAAAGAUGUGGAUUCAACUAACAGUGACCAGCCGUUUGCCAGUUCAUGCAAUAAUUCAUUUUCUACCAAGCUUCCCGAAACAAGUGCUGGUAUAGCAGCAGACAAUGGAACACCCACUGUGUUUGGAAUUGCUCAACAAGAAGCAGAAGCGGCAAAUGCAAUCGGAGUAGUUAUGUGCGAAGAUGACUAUCAGGUUUACUACCUGAGCCCUGCUUCGGAAGAGGGAGCUGAUAGACAGCUGGUUGACAACUACCAAGAGGAACCGGACAUCUUUGCAGGGAUCAAACCUUUAGAGCAGGAGGGACGCAUGGAGGUGCUGUUUGCAUGUGCUGAAGCCCUGCAUGCUCAUGGAUACAACAACGAGGCAUGUCGACUGGCUGUGGAUUUAGCAAAUGAGCUUCUGGCAAACCCUCCAGACCUCAAAGUGGAACAGCCACAGACAAAGGGUAAGAAGAAUAAAGUGUCGACAGGCCGUCAGACACAGAUAGCCACCAACACAUUAUCCAAAGCAGCCUUCCUCCUCACCGUCCUCAGUGAUCGACUGGAGCUCCAUAAUCUGGCCUUCAACACCGGCAUGUUUUCCUUGGAACUCCAGAGACCACCAGCUUCUACAAAAGCUUUAGAGGUGAAGCUGGCUUACCAAGAGUCAGAUAUUGUGGCUCUGUUGAAGAAACUUCCUAUGGGUCUUGUGGAAAUGUUGGUGAUCAGAGCAAGAGCUAAGCAACUCAGAGAUGGAAACUACUGUGGUUACAGACCUGUCCUUCCUCUCAUGUUAGCCAGCUUUAUUUUUGACGUCCUCUGUGCCCCAGUUGUGUCUCCAACUGGCUCCAGCCCACCAAGCCGCAAGCACAACAGUGAGAUGCCCGGUAAUGAAGAGCUUGGCUUUGGGGCAGCUGUUGCAGCACUUGGGAUGAAGACGACAGUCAGUGAAGCAGAGCAUCCUCUGCUUUGUGAAGGAACAAGAAGAGUUAAGGGAGAUCUUGCUCUGGCCCUCAUGAUCACAUAUAAAGAUGACCAGAGCAAGCUGAAGAAGAUACUUGAUAAAUUGCUAGACAGAGAGAGUCAGACCCACAAACCUCAGACCCUGAGCUCCUUCUACUCUAGCAAGCCUGCAGCUGGCAGCCAACGUAGCCCGUCAAAACAUGGACCCUCAUCUUCCUCUGCAACUACGUUGGUGGCGACUUCUUCCAACUCCUCAUCUGCUGUGAUAUUGGCUUGUGACGAGCUGGAAGAACAGAAAUCAGUACAGAAAAACACAGCAGGCCGGAGCGCUUCUGAUUGUGUCUCCGGGGUCAAUCGAAAUGACUGCCAAAACGAAUCAACCACAUUUAAGCUCGACAACACUGUGCCGAGCCGGUUGGCGCUCGGGGCACGCUGCGGAUAUAGCCAACGCUGCUGGGGAUCUCCUGCCCGACAGAAGAAGAAACACACUGGCAUGGCAAGUAUUGACAGCAGUGCUCCAGAGACAACCUCAGACAGUUCUCCCACUCUCAGCCGCCGGCCAUUACGAGGCGGCUGGGCAGCAACAUCGUGGGGUCGUGGUCAAGAUAGUGACAGCAUCAGUAGCUCAUCCUCAGAUUCGCUGGGAUCGUCCUCCUCCAGUGGAUCUCACCGGGCAGGGGGGGGUGCCAGAGCCAAGAGCAUGGAUACCAGCAGGGCUAAUUUGCAGACCAAAAUUCAAGUCGAUGGGUGUGGUCAUCUCCAGUUUCCCCAUCUCUUAGACACACCACCUAGGUACAAAGGGCGUCGUCCAGAGUGCCAUGUGCCUCAUGUGCCUAACCAGCCAUCAGAGGCUGCAGCUCACUUUUACUUUGAGUUAGCCAAGACUGUGCUCAUCAAAGCUGGAGGAAACUCAUCUACCUCCAUCUUCACUCAGCCUUCUGUUAGUGGAGCUCACCAAGGACCCCACAGAAACCUGCAUCUCUGUGCCUUUGAGAUCGGCUUGUAUGCUCUUGGUCUCCACAACUUUGUCUCUCCCAACUGGCUGUCCAGAACCUACUCCUCACAUGUGUCCUGGAUUACAGGUCAAGCAAUGGAGAUUGGCAGUGCUGCCCUCAACAUUUUGAUGGAGUGUUGGGACGGUCACCUCACACCUCCAGAAGUAGCAUCACUGGCUGACCGGGCAUCACGGGCUAGGGACCUCAACAUGGUCCGUGCAGCUGCGGAACUGGCUCUGAGUUGCCUGCCUCAUGCACAUGCUCUGAAUCCGAAUGAAAUCCAGAGAGCCUUGGUGCAGUGCAAAGAACAGGACAACAUGAUGCUAGAAAAAGCCUGUGUGGCAGUCGAGGAAGCAGCUAAAGGUGGAGGUGUGUACCCUGAAGUCUUGUUUGAGGUCGCUCAUCAGUGGUACUGGCUGUAUGAACAUUCAAUCAUAGGAGGCUUAAACCAGCAAAGAGAGACUUCUGGACGGUGUGGGGCCAACGGAGGUAUAGGUAGAAGGCCCCCAGAGACUAGCUGUGGCGUUUUUGAUGGUGGAACCAAUGUGGAGGUGGCUGGGAUUGCAGUCACAGGUUCCGUCACAGCAGCAGCUGUUGUACCUGUUAUCUCUGUGGGCUCGAGCAUGUACCAGUCUCAUGGCAUGUCAGGGCAGGUUAUGGCGCAUCCUCAUGCCCAUGGCCUUCACCCCUAUGCCACCAUUCAGACCCAUCUGCCCACAGUUUGCACCCCUCAGUACUUGGGUCAUCCUCUGCAGCACACACCCCGACCUGCUGUCUUUCCUGUGUCCGGAGGUGCAUACCCACAGUGCUCUCUGCUUUACUCUCAGGGUAUCCACUCAGCCUUUAUUGGUGCCCAGUACCCCUUUUCAGUGGCUACUGUUCCCUCACCUUCCAUGACAGCCACAGCUGUGACCUUCCCUGCAAUCCCUGUGCCAUCCCUGACGCAGAUUUCCUAUCCCUACCAUUCUGAGACCAGUCUACCAAUUAACACCACUGUAACAGUUGGCAGUAUCCAUGCUGACUCCACCUUACAGGCCAUUCAGGGUUCCGCUCUUUCCUCCCAGCCCAGUCCAUUGGUCAGCACUUCCUUCCCAGUGGAGGAGGAACAGCACCACCAGCCAAUCAGCCAACAGGGCAUGCACUAUCUCCAUUCUGCCUAUAGAGUUGGUAUGCUAGCGUUGGAGAUGCUGGGAAGGAGAGCUCAUAACGAUCACCCAAACAACUUUUCCCGAAGCCCGCCCUACACCGAAGAUGUAAAAUGGCUGCUGGGGCUUGCUUCAAGGCUAGGAGUCAACUACGUAUACCAGUUCUGUGUGGGAGCGGCUAAAGGUGUCCUCAGUCCAUUUGUUCUCCAGGAGAUCAUAAUGGAGGCUCUUCAGAGGCUGAAUCCCGCUCACAUUCACGUCCACCUCCGAACACCUGCCUUCCACCAGCUUGUUCAGCGCUGCCAACAGUUCUACCUGCAGUAUAUCCACCACAGACUCAUCCACUUAACGCCCGCUGACUACGAUGACUUUGUCAACAUCAUCCGCAGUGCUCGAGGCGCUUUCUGUCUCACACCUGUGGGUGUUAUGCAGUUAAACGACGUACUUCAGAACCUGAAGAGAGGCAAACAGACUAAGGAGCUAUGGCAACGCAUUUCCCUGGAGAUGGCAACGUUUUCGCCCUGAAUUUGGGGCUCUGGAGGAAUCAUCACUACUGCCGCUGGUUUUGUCUGAAAUCUUGUUUCCACCCUCAGCAAUGUAGACUGAGCAAACACAGCACACACGUGCACUACCAAUUCCUGUUUUUUGUCUGACAAAGUCUUGAGUUUAAUUAAAUCUAAAGGAAAUAAUUCUUUUUUUUUUUUUCUUUUCAAGUUUCAACUGAAAAACUGGUAAAGGAAGCUAUGAAGCUAUUUUUGGUGUUCUCAAGAAAAGUGCCCGUCCGUCCAGUUUUGCAAUCAAGAGCAUUGUUUUGAUGUAUCAAUCUCUAAAUGUUCUUUUUUUUAAUAUCCAAAAGUGAAACAAUCUUUUUGGGGAGAGCUAAAAAAAAAAAAGGAGUAACUCAGAAGGAUUUGGGGACAUGUGCUUCACGAUGGACAGCAACAACUGGAUGAUGCGAGGCCUUUGUCACUAAACAGAAACACUACUAACCUUUGAGCUGCAUGUUAUCUAUUGGCAAGUUCUUUAGAAAAUGUCAUGAAAACCAUCAAAUGAUGACAUUAGUUUUGAUCAUAGGUGAAGAUUUUUCAGGAUUUAAUUUAAAUUUGAAUGCUCGGUUUGUUCCUAACAAAGAUAAUGAUCGUCUUAAGGUUGCUGUUGUUUGGAUACAUCUUUUUUCCAUUUUGGCGCACCUUCGGAGGAGCGUGAAUGGAGCCAGAGAGCCCAUUAGAGGCAACCGGGGUUACUUUACAUUUGAUUACUUCCUGUCUUUUGUUGCUUUCAAUUCAAAUUUUGUUGUCAUCUCCGUUAUAACAAAGGUAACGCGCCUGUUGAACGGCGACGAUUUCCUGGCCGAGCUCAGACUCGUUCGGCGUUGUUUGUCGAGUCGAUCCUUCGAUUUUCUUUGUCGAAUUCUGUGCAAAGUUAUAUGAUGACUAUCUGGCUCAAUUGCCAGACCGCAAAUAAAUGUAUUACGCUCUAGGAUGUUUAUGCCGACGUAGGUUUUCACAUUUAAAUGGUAAAUGUACUGUAUAUAUUUUUCUACACUUCAAAUUUUAGGGGGAGAUAAGUAUUUCCUUACUCUGUUAAGUCCAACACACAUGUGGGUCAUUUUCAAAUAAUUUGAUCAAUAACGGUAAGCACAUUUGUUUAAAAACGUUUUUUUAAAGUAUGCCACCUCGGUUAUUGAUGAUUUCACAUUUUAGGCAUUCUUAAUAAAGUAAAUACUUUCAAUCCCGUUGAUGGAGCAAAUGGUGGUGAGCCAUUCUUUAAAUGCCUUGACUGUUAUUAAUCAAAUUAUAUGAAAAUGACCUGAAUCUAUUUUUUCCACCGACUUCUUUCUUUACCUGGUUUAGUCCAAUCAUAUUCUUGGGGAAAUGUAUUUUUUCUACAGGUCUCAUCCCAACUCAUUGCUUGGUGCACAAGCACGUCGGUGUCGCCACCAGGGCUUUUCAAAGGGUUCAAUAUCCUUUGACAAUGUUGUGAAUACAAAUGCCUUCCAACGGUCACCAUAUCCACCCCACGCCCUGUGCACGGACUUUGUUGGCAACUCAGAAAUGUAGCGGUACGUGCACCUAUGCCCCCCGUCUGCACUAUAGGAAGUGUAGACGGGGCGCUUUGUAUCUCUGGGUGUAUGCAGGAACCUUUCUUUCGACACCAACUGAAAAUCAAGUUCCGUGUUUCGAGCGCCUUCCAAUCGCAAACAUGUCUUUUCCCACAACCGAAGUUACGCACCACUUGGUUUGUCGGUAUCUUAUGAGCUGCUCCCAAAUUUCCCCAAACUAAGCAAAGCCAGGAGGACUCGUCCAUCAUCUUCACAGCAACCUUGACCUCUGGAGUCAGCCAUCAGGUACUGAGGUUUCCAUAGCAUGGUGGUCAUCUGACUUGGCCACAAAUGUUUUCAUUAGACUGUGCACAACAUGGUCAUUAUGUUGUGGCUGGGCAAAGUACAUGAAACGGGGGUCCAAUUGUUCACCAUUUGAAAGCAUCGAGACAAAGUUAACAGACAAAAUAUCUUGCAUCCAUCUGGCUGUGUAUGUGAAUUCAAGUUCCAUUUCGGAUUAUCAUUCCAGUAGGAGACGAGACUAUUAUGGUUGUAAGAAUUUUGUUUUUUUUUUUUCCACAGAACUCCCACCUCGGAUAAUUCACUGACCGCACUUGGGUCCAGCAGUAUUUGAAGUUUUUUUGGGGGAAUGACUUUUUACUAUACCCCAACACAAUGAAUUUUAAAUAAAACAAAAGAAGUUAUUA